CACAGGACAGGCUUGAAUUGGAUAAACAUUACUAUGAUCAACAUCCUCCGAUAUAUGAAUGUGGAGUGUUUUAAUUCAAAAAUGUGAACGUAAUUUUAUAAAAGAAAACAGUGAAUGAAGUUGCUAAGUGUACGUAAAGAGGAAAUUUUAAUAUUUAAGUGACGAUGAUCUAUGUGCAGUAAGAGAAACUUAAAGAAAUUACUCCAAAAUAAAAUAGAAGAAAAACAAUGCAUUUAACUGGGAAUACAACUACUCCCAACAACACUUCGACGAAUGCGUCAAGUGGUAAUACAUCAAAUACAUCCGAGAAUACAACAACGCCAUCAGCAGCUAGUCUCUUAAACGAUGCAUACACAAAAAUGACCUCGGACAUAUUAGCGGAACGGACACUAGGCGACUUCUUAUCGGAACAUCCCGGUGAACUGAUACGAACUGGUAGCCCAUUGUUUGUAUGUACAGUGUUACCACCACAUUGGCGUUCCAAUAAGACCUUACCCGUAGCAUUCAAAGUGGUUGCAUUGGGAGACAUCGGUGACGGUACAAUGGUGACGGUUAAAGCGGGAAACGACGAAAAUUACUGUGCAGAAUUACGCAAUUGUACGGCUGUGAUGAAGAACCAGGUAGCAAAAUUCAAUGAUCUACGAUUUGUUGGACGCAGUGGUCGGGGUAAAAGCUUUACAUUGACAAUAACAGUAUCAACAAGUCCUCCGCAAGUGGCGUCGUACAAUAAAGCUAUUAAAGUAACGGUUGAUGGCCCCCGAGAGCCCAGGUCGAAGACAAUGCUAUCACUUCUAGGACAGCAGCAACAAUUUCAUUUUGCCUUCGGCCAACGACCGUUCCAUUUUCCAGCCGAUCCAUUGUCGGGAUUUCGAAUGCCUCCGAUUGGAAACUGUCAAAAUAUGAGUCAAUUUGGCCUAGGUGGUGCUAAUUCGCAUUGGGGUUAUAGUUCGGCAGGUUAUUCGCCAUAUUUAACAAGUAGUAGUUUAACAUCGUGUGCAACUCCUACUGCAGCCCAAUUUAACAAUCCCGCACUAGGUUUUACUUGCACAACAUCCGACCAAAAUUCGACUCAAGAUUUUACCGGUGGUGGACGGGAUUGCGUACCAAUGCUUCCAGACUCAACAGCAACAGAUCUAGACCAACAUCUGAGCAAUUUAGUUGGUUCAACACCUACGGCGCAAAUGACACAUCCCUCCCUACUUGCCGGUUCUCAAUCGUCGAUAACAACGUCCGUGAAUGGGACAAGCGGUCUGCAUGUUCCACGUUAUCUUGGCAAUUCGAAUUCAGAUUAUGUCCACACCAGCCAAAAUGGGCCUCGUUCACUCAGUGACUCAUCGCAAGCCGAAUCGCCGGUGCAGGACGAUUUACUAACAUCAAAUACACCAAAUCUGGGUGGUUCAGCCAAUCAAAAUUUUACUGGAAUUGUGGUCAAUCAAUCCCAAAAUUCGUACGGCUCAACGUCGGCCAGUUGCAAUGGUUCCUUAUAUCCUGUACUUCCCGCCAGUUUACUUUAUUCGCAGUUAUAUACAGCGGCUAAUCAGACGCAUGGAUUUCAUUCGCAUUCAUUGCAAUCGCAUGGCCAAAAUUCGGUUCACGGCGAGCUACAAAGUGUUAUGGAACAUAUCUCCAGCGGAAGGCAACAGAAUCUAAUGGCAGGUACGACUGAUUUGUCGCAUGUCGGUAAUUGUGGCAGUAGUGCUAGAAAUGAAGAAGCGAGCGCAAACAGACAAGUGGCAAUGGCAGGACAGCGACCACCGCAUCAUAGUGAUAAUGGGAAUUCGGUAUGGAGGCCAUAUUAGAGUAAACAUAUUUUUUCCCCAAAGCUCUGUAUGAAUUCUUUGAAUUACUAAAGUGUACAAUAUAAUGGCGUACAUUCAGUGCUUGUGCCAUAAUUUUGUUAAUUACAGACGAUUUUUUCGACACACAUACGCUAGCUGUUUGUGUCGGUAAAUUCAGUGACAAAAUGCACCCAUGAUGGCCUAGCCACGCCAACAUUAAUAUUAUUUGAAGCAAACUUUUUAUAUGAAGCUAUUUAAUGAUCAACAUAUAAAAAGUUUGAUUCAAAUGUCACCCCAACGUGUAUAAAAUGCAUUUAAAGCGAGACCCGUUUCCGUAAUGUGUUGUAACUGUAAAUGAAGUAAGGAUCUCUUAUGCCUCGCCUUGGAAGACAACUCUUGCCUGCUUUAUUUUGUUAAAUUAAAAUCUCACAAAUUUUAGGUCAACACUUGAAACGACUUAAUGUGCACAAAAUAUUAAUUAUUUUUCUGCGGUUCUUUAGAAGGACAAAAUUCACAAAACAUGUGUAACAUAAAAGUAAGCUGUUAGCUGCUGUAUAGUGUAGUGGUUUAAAUCGUUCAUAGAAGCACUAGAAGCAGUUGCUUUCCAAAAUUGAAGACGAUAUUUAGUGUGGACACACAUGAAGUCAUGCAAAUAUUCAUAGCACUUUAGCGCUUCUAGCAUUAACAAAGAGAAAAAAUUUCAUUAAAUUUUCUGGAAUCUUGGUUUUUUCGAAACUACCUGAAAACUUUCUCGAAAAAAAUUCUUAAGAAAAUUGAAAAAUUUCAAGAUUUUUUUUUCAGAAAAUAGGCUUUCAAUUACAUGUCAUUAUGAAUGCCCGACGCACUGAAGUGCUAUGUACAAUACCCUCAUUCAACAUAGUAUGGGUAUUGGUUAUGUCACAUUGUUUUCUCAUUUGAAAAACUCGGUAAACAUAUCAGCAAUUUUACUCAGGCCGUUCUAUUACAUCAUUUGAUCUUAGUAUUCUCAUGAGAUUGAUUUAAAAUCUUUUACUUCAUUUUUUCAACAUCACCCGCAUUAGUCAGCGCUGUUUGUUUAUUCCAGAAGUCAUUAUUAAUAACCCAUGAUAGAUGCUCGUUUUUCAACCAUACCUAGUUACGUUGGUCCAUGAGCCAUUAUUGGUAAAUUUAUUUACCGAUAAUGGACUAAAAUUUACCGGAUUUAUGUUUCGAUAAAUUCAGUAAAUAUUCGGUAAAUUUCAGUGAAUUCGGUAAAUAAAUUUACCAACAACAGGCUCUGCAUCAGAUUCACUUAUAAAGUGAGCCCUUGCAAUUUGCAAUGGUCUAAUGAAUCAAUUGUGUGAUCCCGAAUUGACAAUUCUAGUGGAAUAUUUUUCAAUUGAACAUUCUAAUUGAGUGAUAAAAAACAUGAAUGGAGAAUUGUUAACACAUACGCAACAUUGUGUGGCAGAUACAUCUAGGGGUUAACGGGCAAUAUGCUUCUGGUUACUAGCUGACAUCUAUGUGUAUUGUCUUUUUUCUCUAAAAAAAAUAUUUUGUUUAACGUGAAACCGCUAGUUGUUUUCUAUAUAAGCUGCUCGAUAAGCUGCUGACACAAUGAAAAUUUGGUAAAUUCAGUAAUUGUGUUCAAAGGUAGCAAAACAAUGUACCGAUUGUAGGUAAUUAAUGUGCAAAUUGAAAUUAUAGUCUCAUGUGUGUUUGGUAUAUUGAGUUGUAGAGAAAAUAGCUUUAUGAACCAAAAUGAAAAAGAAAAUGUAGGAGCCACACAAGGUACAUAGUUAGGUUGUGUACCAAUCGCAUUGUACAUAUUUUUAAGUAUUAUUAAUUCUAAAUUAAUAAACAAAAGAAGCAUGGUGAUUAUUUCCUCUGAUAUUAAUGUAAAUAAAAGGCAUUUCAAACCACAAACUAAUAUAACAAGAUGUUUACGUAGUAGAGUAAGUAACAUACAUAUAAUAUAAUAGGUUGGGAGGAGCGUUUGAAGAAGUUUCCACCACCCAAAUUUUGUAACAUAAAAUGUUUGUUAAUUAUAAUUAAUUGGAUGAAUUUUAUCCUUAAAACUGACCGCAAAUGACGUUUCAGGACUUUCCCUGAUCACAAUUUGGCUGUCAUUUAUGGUCAUUUUUGUUAAAUCAAAUUCGAAGGCUAAUGCUUUUUAGUUGUGAGCCCAUUUCAACGUUUGAUAGGCUGAGCGUUAGAAUUUCCAUUUAAAACAUUGGAACCUAGAGCGAUCUGUGUCCGCACUAUAACAGUAAACUUUUAUUUAACAUUAUAAAGCCUUCUGACUGUAAAAGCCGUGAGGGGUAAAAGUCACAAAACUUUCUCCCGUCUGUUCUUCUCGCUUUUGUCACAGUGUUGCCACAGUAUUACUUGUAUUUGACAUAUUAAUAUUUUCUUUCGCUGCUAGAGAGUGAUAUGAUACAUAUACUCUAAAGACGUUUGGUAUUUUGAGAUUCUUUAAACUCAUUCGGGAUAUUUGUCAUAAGUAAGUCACUUCCAGGUUGAAAAUUGUUGUGAUAAUGCUUUGUUUUUACUGGCGCAGUCAAUGCGAGCAGUCUUUUUUUUAAUAAGAAAUUCCUUUUUCUCAGCAAAUGAUCUGGCUGGUGUGAACAACGAUUUUUUUAACGACCAGCAAAUCUCCUUUUUGGAUGAAAUACAUUAGUAAAACUUUAUCCAAAUUCCCGUCAGCAUUUAACGGAAUUUAACUCUAUCGUAGCUUCAACAUUACUUUUUUGAACCGAUAAAUUUAACUAACAGGUGCACUGCUGACAAUGAAUGAGCUAUUUUUUUGACAGUUUGCUAGGCCAUAGAAAAACUGCAAAAUUCAAAACUGACAAUGCAACAGUCAAAUUUUUUACAGUGAAUAAUCAAAUUAGGCAUGUUCGAUUGAUGAAAUAUCGACUAUUUCCUUAGAAUCGAUUAUC